UUUGGAAGAGACUUAGGGAAUAAAUUAAGUUAAGCAAGACAUAAAGUAGGCAGCUGAAAGUAUUUCAAAUUUCCACAAGGCAUUCAAUUCAAAAACACGAAACAGUACAGAAGCCUUUCCACAGCUUUAGAUUAGAUUUUAGUAGAAAUACGAACACCAUAGGCCUUCGAAGACAAUAGAUACAUAUUUAAUUAUACAAACAACAUGGACAAUCUAGACUCCACCAUCGACACCAUGGAGAACAGCCGUUUUGGAGCCAUUUAUGGUGGGCUAAUAAAGGAUCUUGCCAUCUCUUCGAACAUGACCCCGAUGGAGGUGAACUGCUUGCUCAUGAUUUACUACAAGUUCGCCAAGGUCAAUGGGCCCGGGGCCAAGCAGAUGGUCAAGAAGCAGUUCUACCAGCUCUACUUGGUGCUCUUCAACGUGGCCAAUGUGCAAAUCAUUGAACGCACCCUGCUGGCCAUCACCAAGGACACUAAGUUUGUGAGUCCUCAGGCCUGGAUUUCACUUUUCAAUCUCUAUAUUACCAAGGACAUCAAUGUGCGCAUGCGCUUUGCCUUCGAUGUCUACGAUACCAAAGGAACUGGCGUCAUCGAUCGGGAACAAGUCGGUGUUGCCUGCGAUAAGUUCUUCUACGGUGAAGACGAGGACGAACUCAACGAGCUGAAAGCGGACAUGACCGAGUUUAUAAUGAAGAAGUUCGAUAUUGACAAAGAUGGCGUCAUCUCCUUUGAGGACUAUUCAAGUGUGGUAUCUCAGCAGCCCAUUCUGGUCGAGUUCUUAGGCUGGCUUUUCCCGUCUAGGAACGACAAGGACCUCAUGGCUCACUGUAUCAACUUUGAUACCAUACUUAAUGUAAUGGACAAUAGUUAGCCGUAAUCAGAAUAAAAGAAUAUAUAUGAGCAUUGACAAAAAUA